GCUUAGUAUGCGCGUAUAGUUCUCUUCUUAUCAGAAAUAUACAUUUUUGUCAAAUUUUUAAAACUUUUUGUUUUUGACCAAUAGAUUCCAAAGCGAUUUGCGGUGCAUUUAAAAAAGUGGUAUUCUAUUUGAAUUUGAGCAUCUAUUUUUUCCAAUCAUGUCUCACAAAAAUCAAACAAAUGACACUCGAUCAGAGUUGGCUGAGCUGGUGAAACGAAAAGAAGAAAUUUCUGAAACAUUGGCAACACUGGAGCGACAAAUUUAUGCUUUUGAAGGAAGUUAUUUAGAGGACACACAACUUUAUGGAAACAUUAUCAGAGGAUGGGAUCGAUAUCUUACAAAUAAAAACACAAACAGUAAAUCAGAUCGCCGGAAUCGAAAAUUCAAGGAAGCUGAAAGACUUUUCAGCAAAUCAUCUAUCACUUCCAUGUCUGCUGUGUCUGGUUUGAUGGAAAAUGUGAAGAAGGGAACAGGAGAAGAUGGCGACAAUGAAGAUAAAAAUUGUGUUGAUAAAGAUAAAAAAGAUGAAGAAGGCGAACAGGAAAGUUCCAACAGUUCAGAAACCACAUCAAGACCAGAGACACCAAGGGCACCAAAUACACCAAUCAGUCGUAAAAACAGUGGUGGUUCUGCUACCAACUUAUCAAGUUUAUCUAAGGAUAAAAAACGAAGAAACAAAACUCCUUUAGUAAGCAAACAAGUAAAACAAAAGAAGGCAAGAUCUGUAAGUAUUUUUUGAUAAAUUACUUAACUCAAUUUACAAGUUUUCUCUUUUACAGAGCUUAACAUGAGGAAAAACUUUUUUUUAAAGGAUUCUAUUCUCCAUGAUAGUUAUAACAUCAAUUGUAUUAGAUAAGAAGCCAGUGGUGUGGUUGAGCAGGAAAAUAAUGAACCUGUUAGUUGUCUUUGUGUCACUUUAAUAAAAAUGAUAUAAACCGCAA